GGGGGAGUGGGUGGGUGACACGAUCAGGGCAGUGUCAGGAAACUCGGGUGGCCAGCGUGGAGGCUGGGCUGGAGUGGGGGUGAGCCGAGGCGGCGCUAAGGUUGUGGCCAGGCAAGAGGCGUCGGAGCCGGGAGGUGGAGGCAGGGGCGGAGCACGAGGGGCAGGUGCAUAGGCGACAGCACACUCUCGGGGUGACCGCACGCGAGGAGGCAGAACCCGUUCUAACUUCCGACCCGGGUCACAGGACUCAGUAGUCUGACUUGCCGGUGCGGGCGCUGGCCCACGUCCCCACCCCGGCCCUGCAGUCCUGGGGGAUCAUUCUGACGGCCCCAGGCAGCGGAGGUGUGGCUGGAGGGAACCUUCCCGGAGGCCGCCCGGCGUCUGGAGACUCCUGCAGCCAGUAGCCAUAUUGAGUUGCUUCUGUCCUUUGCAGCAAAAACAAAAACCGGGCGUCGCCGCAGCCGGUCCAGCUGCCUCCGCAGCCUCCCGGAGCAUCGGCCCCGCCCACGCAUGCGCGGCGCCCUCGGACGCGAGGGACUACAACUCUCGCGGUGCCCCGCGCGCGCCCGCAGCCCCGCUCCCACCGCGCCGCGCGCCUCCCGGAAGUGGGGCUCCGUGGGGGGCGUCUCCGAUCUUUGCGCGGGGGCGGGCCGGCAGGUUUAGGGGAGGCUGCGUGAGCUAGGAAGCCGAUGCGGGCGAGCGGCGCUGGAGAUGGCUUCGGCUGUAGGCGGCGACUGCGAGGGCGCCGCGCACGAGGCCGACCGUCCUCACCAGCGGCCCUUCUUGAUCGGGGUGAGCGGCGGUACCGCGAGCGGCAAGUCAACUGUGUGCGAGAAGAUCAUGGAGCUGCUGGGACAGAAUGAAGUAGACCACCGGCAGCGGAAGUUGAUCAUCCUGAGCCAAGACAGGUUCUAUAAGGUUCUGACCACAGAACAGAAGGCCAAGGCCUUGAAGGGACAGUACAAUUUCGACCAUCCAGAUGCUUUUGAUAACGAUUUGAUGCACAGGACUCUGAAAAACAUUGUGGAGGGCAAAACAGUCGAGGUCCCAAUCUAUGAUUUUGUGACCCACUCAAGGUUAGCAGAGACCACGGUGGUCUACCCCGCAGAUGUGGUCCUGUUCGAGGGCAUCCUGGUCUUCUACAGCCAGGAGAUCCGGGACAUGUUCCAUCUGCGACUCUUUGUGGACACCGACUCUGACGUCAGGCUGUCGCGAAGAGUUCUCCGGGACGUGCACCGCGGCCGGGACCUGGAGCAGAUCCUGACGCAGUACACCACCUUCGUCAAGCCGGCCUUCGAGGAGUUCUGCCUGCCGACAAAGAAGUAUGCUGAUGUGAUAAUCCCUCGAGGGGUUGACAAUAUGGUGGCCAUCAACCUGAUCGUGCAGCACAUCCAGGACAUCCUCAACGGCGACAUCUGCAAGUGGCAUCGCGGAGGGUCUAACGGGCGCAGCUACAAGAGGACGUUUCCUGAGCCGGGAGACCACCCCAGGGUGCUGACCUCUGGCAAACGGUCGCACCUGGAGUCCAGCAGCAGGCCCCACUGAGGAGUGGAGUGCUCAGCUCCCGGCGGGUCCGGAGAUGCCCUCCCGCCCCUAAACACACAACCGUGGCCGGGGUGGUGCUGGAGUCCAGGCGUCCCUCGCUAAUUCGGGAAACCUGGACGAGUUACUCAGACUGGGUCUGACAGGAUGUCUGCAGGCAGCCCUGACCUUUCCACCCGCUUCCUCACAUUACAGAGGCUUAAAGGUCUCUUUAGUUACUGAGAAACGCCACAGAACGUGUGGUGAGCAAGUCACAUAUUUUGGGGAACGUUGAAGAAAUAGCCCAGACGCUGUGAUGUUGACGGUGAACCCACAGCAAGAGAGACUAGUAUGAUCUGGUUCACACACGUGUAACUGAGAAGUGUGAAGAGGUAACACUUCCUUUUUAUGUGUUAUACAACCACAUGUUUUCUGUUGUAGUCUGUCUCCUGACACCAUGCUCGCUGUGACCUAGUAACCCAAUUUCAUGACCCACCAGCGGGGUCGUGCUCCUGGUACACGCUGACCUGGUACACGAGGGGCCAUAGAGAGGCUUCCUUCCUUCCGGCCUGUGCUCUGAAGGCAGAGCCAGGAGGGAGCCCUGGGGAGCAAGCUUUUCUGUAACCAGCACCAAACACACAGGCGGGGCCCCCACUUGCCCAGCCUGAGUCUGCCUGCUUGGGGGUCUGCCUUCUGGCGGGCACAGUGUCCUCAUGCAGUCCUACUCUGGGCCCCUGAGCCCAGGCUGCUGUCUGGACAGGUCUUUCCUGGUGUCGCCCUCGGCCAGGUCAAGGGCACGUCACCUACAGUCAAGGCGUGUGUGGACCAGAGAGGCGUGAGCAGAUGCCGCGGGCCAAGGGUGGCCAGUCCCCUGUGCUCACGCAGCGUCUGCGCCUCACCAACAGUCAUGGUCUUGUCCUCGUUUGUCCUCCCUCCCACGUGGCUGUUUCUGUAAAAGCCACCAGCUGUCGAGUUCUAACUGUAGUUACACAGAGACAUCAGUUGAGCUCAGCUGAGCACGGUGGCUGGUUUCUGAUGACUGUGAAAGUUUUGUCAAACUUACUGUGCCCUUUCGGAGAGAUCCAAUAAAUACCAAAUAUGAAU